GUUGACACAGACGGGGCGAAGGGUAUAGCAGUUGCUUUGGACUUGAGGUGAUAUACUCUGACAAUGGCAACUGAAGAUGAUGAGUUUAAAAAGAAACAAAUGGUGGACGCUAGGGCAAGAAAUAUAAGUCGCAAUGUCCGGUGCACUGAGUGUGGAAGUCAAUCCAUUGAAGAUUCACAAGCAGAUAUUGCCAUUCUCCUGAGGAAGUUAAUUCGUGAUGAGAUCCACUCUGGGAAAACUGAUAAAGAGGUCUACAAAAAGCUUGAAGAUGAUUAUGGGGAGACAGUGCUUUAUGCCCCAAAGUUUGAUCUACAGACAGCAGCCUUCUGGCUAUCACCGCUUUUAGUUGCAGGUGCUGCUGCAGGAAUUUGGGCUUACAAUAAGCACAGGAAAAAGACAAACGUGCACAUCAUGGCUUUGAACCUUGUUAGAGGUGUUCCAUUGACCCCAAAAGAAAAGGAAACCAUGCUAGACCUCCUUACACCUCCUCCUCCAGAAAGAGCUUCACCUUCCUUCUGGUGGAAUAGGUUGCAUGGUCAAUAAUGUGUAAUCCUACCACUUGUCUUACCUGUCUUACUAUGGGGUGCGAACUAUGCAUACAAUUGUGUGCACUACUGAUCAUCGAGCAAUGACUGGUUCCUUCGUGUCUUGAGUGAUAUAUUAUGAUUCGACAUUUACCAAUUAAGAAUUUGAUCUGUAUAAAAAUUCAAGUAUUUCUCCCUUAUUAUAAGCUUAUUGCAUGUUAAAUUCAACAUAAUCUGAUUUCAACUUCCCUUGUCA